AAAGUAUUUUGAAAUAUUUUAAAAAGACCUAUAUUUGGUAAGCCAAUCAAAUUGGACAUUAAUAAAGGAAUGGAGAGGGCAGAACAAAUUGGAGGAGGCAAAGCUGUGGCCACAGUCCUAGCCAUUGGCACAGCAAAUCCACCCAAUUUCAUCCUUCAGGAGGAUUAUCCUGACUUCUACUUUCGGGUCACCAAUAGCGACCAUUUGCACCGCUUGAAGCAAAAGUUCAAGCGCAUUUGCGAGAAUUCAAAGAUAGAAAAGCGACACAUAGUCCACACGGAAGAAUACCUAAAGCAGAACUCAGACAGCGGCACGUACGAUGGCCUUCCCUUGGAGACACGACAGAAUGUCCCCACGGAACAGGUAAUAAAAUUAGGUAUGGAAGCAGCAUCAAAGGCCAUUAAGGAAUGGGGCGAACCCUUAUCAGAAAUCACACACCUCAUCUUCUACACCACUUCUUGCUUCGGCUCCGUUCCCGGUCCUGACCACUACCUCUCCAAACAACUUGGACUCCGCUCAACGGUCAACCGCCUCAUGCUCUUCAGCCACGGUUGCCACGCUGGCGGCACCAUUCUCCGCGUUGCCAAAGAUAUCGCGGAGAACAACCCUGGCUCACGUGUUCUUGCCGUCUGUUCCGAGACCAUGUUUGCCUCGUUUCGCGCUCCUAGCGAAUCCAACGUUGAGGUUCUCGUAGGACAGGCUCUGUUCGGAGACGGUGCCGCCGCCGUCAUCAUUGGCGCGGAUCCUAAGCACUCCAUCGAGCAUCCACUCUUCGAACUCGUGUUGGCUUCGCAAACCACUGUGCCUGACACCGAGAAUGCGAUCAAAGGAAGUCAACAAGAGAAUAGGUUGGUUUAUUAUUUGGAUAAGGACAUUCCCAAUAUUGUAACUAACAAUGUGAAGAAGUGUUUGGUUGAUGAGUUGGGUGAAGUUGGUUUCGUCGACGAAAUUGAUUGGAACAAGUUUUUCUAUGCAAUUCAUCCGGGUGGGGCUGUUAUUGUGAGUGGGGUUGAAGAGAAGCUAGGGUUAGAGAAAGAGAAGCUGAGUGCGACAUGGCACGUGCUGAGCCAACACGGGAACAUGUGGAGUCCAACUGUGAUUUUUAUCUUGGAUGAGAUGAGGAACAGGUCCAAGACUGAGGGGAAGAGCACAACCGGUGAAGGGUUAGAGUGGGGGAUUUUAUUAGGGUUUGGUCCUGGUGUGGCAAUGGAGACUGUGCUUUUACGUAGUUAUCCAUGUUGAUAAAUAGUUACAAAUACUACUACUGCUUAUGUUUAUGUAUUUAUGGGUAUCUUUUUUAAGAAUAAAUGUGGUAACUUUCUUCGUAAGAGAAAUUAAAUGUAACAUAAUCGUUGUAUGUCACGAUUGUUUUAAGAGUUUGGAUAUUGUAAUAAUGAUUUAGACAACACGGCCUAGUUGUUCGAGAA